AACAUGAUCUUGUAUGCUGUGCAACCAGUGCUGAGAAAGGCCGUCUGAUGGCUCUCCUCUUUUAGCUCUGCUCUGGAAUCCGCUGGGCUUUGCCGCCGAUGUCCAACAUGCACCGAGCUGAUGCUGCUGUGGAUGAUGCAGUGUUAAGGAAGAAAGAGCAGAAAGAUGUUGAACUCGAUAAGAAAAUCUUGGCUUUGCGGAAAAAGAAUGAAGCGCUCAUACGAAGAUACCAGGAAAUAGAAGAGGACAAAAAGCGAGCUGAGCAGGAGGGAAUGGCUGUUACCUCCAGGAGACCCAAGCAGGAUGGACUCACUAUUACCAUCACCAAGGCUCACAACGACCUGAAAGAUGCAAUUACCCAGACUGAACACUAUGGACAAGAUAGCCCAGCCCUCUCGAUGGACAAAAGGGUGGUGAGCGAGAAAUGGGGGAGCCCCUGUCCUACGAGCCCUGGGUUUGGCAUUGGCAGUGAGGAAGAGGAGGAGGAGGAGGAAGCAGAUCAUAUGUUCACAUUCAGGAUGGGGAAGAGGAUGCAGCUGGCUGUUACCAUGGACAACAAAGCCAAGGGAAAGCGGAUCGUCAGUGAGAAACGCACCGAGUCCUUCCCUGGCCCAGGCAGAGUGCCAGACCUGAGUGAAGAAGAGACAGACCAUUUGGUGGCUUUCCGCCGGGGGAGAAGGAUGCAGAUUGCCAUCACCAUGGAUAACAAGGAAAAAGCAGAGGAGAGGAGAACAGCAGAGAAGAGGAGAUCAGACAGUGACAGAGGCCCAGAAAGUGAGCAUGGUCGGAAGGAUGGUGGGAAGUCAGUGCAGAAGAGCCCUGGAGACCUGAGUUUCCCCAUGACUGGACGGGAACGUUCGGAGUACAUACGCUGGAAGAGGGAGCGAGAUCAGAUUGACCUGGAACGACUGGCACGUCACAAGAACGCGAAGGGCGAGUGGCGACGGGCUUGGGAUGUGGAGAAGUCAGAGCACAUGUUUGAAGAGGACUUUGUUAAGGAUGGGGAGCCAGCCUUGGAUAAUCCCAGCAAUAAGAAAGGGGGAAGAAACGCAAGGAAAUUCCAGCACAGGUCCUUUCCUCCCAACGGGAGAGGUGGAGGACAGCACGGAGUGAAUGUGAGCGAUCCUGGCCCAAAAGCAGUACCUGCUGUGAGCAGCCGAGCCAAAGGAAAGGACAGACUGACCGGCAGAGCCCGAAGAUGGGAUUCAAAAGAAGGCGAGGACAUGUCUUUUCUGAAGGAUGACCUUGACAGCCAGAGGAGCCUUGGUAUGGACAAGCGGAAGAGCAAAGGUGAGGAGGGGGUGGAAGAGAACUGCACAGCUGAGCUGGAGGAGGAGGUGAAACAGCCAAGCCUCCAAGAUCAUGGGGCCUCCUCAUCACAAAGGCUACGAAGUGGAAAGGUCCAGUCUGCCCACAAUGGCCAGAAGGAGGAGCGGAGAGGAGUGAAGGGCUUCAGCGUGGAGGUGUCUGUGGCCAGCAGAGGUGACUCAGAGCCAGGGCCCAAGCCAAGUAAGGAAGGCGUUGGGGAAGAUGCUAAUGGGAAGCCUGGCACUGCUGACAUCUCUCAGGAGAAGGAGAGCACUAACAGCACUGCUUCACAGAGCAGCCCUCCAAGCACUGUGCAAGCCACCAGGCACAGCAGUGAGGAGACCUUGUCAUUGCCCAUGGGCGUGAAUUUAGAUGGAGCUGGCUUAGAGAAAAACACAGCUUCAGAACAGGAGUCCACUGAGGACUCUUCAAACGGCCACGGAGGAAAGCUUGACAUGGCAGUGGGAGACAGACUGGAUGCAGGUCAAGGACAGCUGGUGAGAAAAAGAGGCGAGGAAGUGACCCAAGACACUGCCCUUCAGGGGCAAACACUUGCACUGAAAGGAGGUGAAGAUGCUGAAGGCACUGAACACAGAGGAGACCCUUUGCCCCCAAGGAAAGCCAACUCUGACAAGACUGUUGCGUCUGAGCAGGACACAGCAAAAUCACAGUCCAGGGAAGGGGACCAGCCUGAGGAUUGCAAGGACAAGGACAGUGGUGACACUCUCAACUAGCAAAGAUUGUACCGGCUUGCCUGAGACAGAAGGAUAACGUGCUGAAGGUGGUGGAUGAGAAGAGGAGCACAAGCUUGUCCUCACUCUUUGAUCUUCU